AAAGUCUAUGAUUUUCAGGGCCAACUGGGGCUGGUUGGUCAUGUGGAACCACGGGUGGAGAGCAGAGUCCACAGGAGGGGCCACUGGUUCCUGCUCCAGUCAGGAAGGGAGUUUUAAACUGGUGUCGAGUGAUUUGGAUCCUGUGUUGGUGUUGAUUGUACUGUUUGGAUUCUGUGUGGUGUUGGACUGGAACAGUAAGUGGUUGAUAAAGGAAAGGUGCCUGGAUCUAGGUGCUGGGGGAGAAGUGUUACCAGCAGAAUGCCGUCAGGGCGGUUGAUCAAGCAGGUGGUGUAUGAGGGGAUGCAGUUUGUGUGUCUGAGCGUUCCAGUGUUUGUGGUGAUAGAGAGGUUUGCCUCUCUAAUGCUCCAUGUCACAGGAGAUCUGACUGCCUAUUGGCUGGUUGUGGCAGCAUCUAUUGCCUAUGUGACCUCCAUCUCUUUGCUGGUUUGGGUUCCAAUUCGGUACCUCAUUCUCAAGAAACGCAGGAUCCUCACAGACAUCACCCAAUGGAGACCAACAACAUUGGCCUAUGUGAUUCUGUGUACGUUGCCAUGCUUCGUUAUUCUGAUUGCUGCUUCCAAGGUGCAGGUGGAUAAGGGACCACAUUACCGAUAUGAUCACUUUUCUGAGCUGCCUGUCUCUCUAGUGCUCUUCUCUCUAAUCUGCAUGGAUAUCAUUGAGAGAAUCAAUCCCUUCUGCCUCACUGGUCAAGGUGACAAUGGGGAGAUGGAACUGAACAUGUCUGGUCCUGUUCUGACCCACCCUGAGCAGGUGAACAGUGUGUCUGGCAGACUGCACUCUGAGCGGGGGCAGAAUGGGGUGGUAGCAAAUGUCUCAGCAACAGGGAGGUGGAGGGACCCAGAACCAGCCUCCUACCUCUAUUCCUCCUCCCACUCCGGCUCACUUCACUUCCUGUGGUCUCGAGACAUGAGGUCAGAGGUGUUUGCUCACAGCUUCCUGUUCUGGAUGGAUGUGGUGGAGCUGGUUCGCAUGGCAGGGGUCCCAGAUGUGUUUUACUCCGGCUGGAUUUUUGCUGGCUACAUCCUGGCAUUUUUGUCUUGUCUCCGUCUGGUAUUGACACCUCACAGUGCUCUGUUGCCAUUGGCUGGCUUUCUCCUGCAGGACCUGCCCUUCCUAGUGCUGCGCCUGGCUCUGACCUCUGUCCAUGGUUUCGUAACACCAUUGUUCUACACUAUGAAGAACCUUUUGAUCUGUCUGACAUUCAUCUACUUCAACUUUAUGACCAAGCUUCGGUUUUUUCGCCGGGAGAGCAUGUUCUGAGGGAAUACUAGAGGGACACAUUGUCAACCCUGAUAUUCCUGUAUAUACUAAAAGGACACAUUGUCAACCCUGAUAUUCCUGUUAAUACUAGAGGGACACGUUGUCAACCCUGAUAUUCCUGUUAAUAUUAGAGGGACACAUUGUCAACCCUGAUAUUCCAGUUAAUACUAGAGGGACGCGUUGUCAACCCUGAUAUUCCUGUUAAUACUAGAGGGACAUGAUGUCAACCCUGAUAUUUCUGUAAAUACUAGAGGGGCACGUUGUCAACCCUGAUAUUCCUGUAAAUAUUUGAGCGACAUGUUUUCAACCCUGUUAUUCUUGUUUGUACUGUUGUGGAGUGAAAGCUUGUCAGUGAUCUUAUUGCUGUUUAUACUGGAGGGACACCUUGUUUCCAGAGAUGCUAGGCAUAGCUGUGGUAGUUAAUGUUGUUUUUCCUGUAGAAUAUGCCCCAAAAGGUAGCAUAUAGAGAUUGAACAGAAGCGGUCCGAGAACUCAUCCCUGUGAAACUCCACCUGUCAUAGCAACCCUAUCAGAUUCAUGAUUAUCAAUGGUGACAAAGCAACUAACACAGUCCUGUCCCACCAUUAUAAACUUGAUCCAUUUUUAUAGAACGUAUAUUCUUUUAUGAAAUUGUAAAAAGUAAGGGCCAAGGAGAAGGUAGAACAAUAGCCUGGGUGCUUCAGUAAGGGCCAAGGAGAGCACAGAACAAUAGCCUGGGUGCUUCAGUAAGGGCCAUGGAAUGGUCAGAACUAAUAGCCUGGGUGCUUUAGUAAGUGCCAAGGAGAGCGCAGUACAACAGCCUGGGAGCUUCACUAAGGACCAAGGAGAGCGCAGAACAAUAGCCUGGGUACUUCAGUAAGGGCCAUGGACAUGGGAGAACAAUAGCCUGGGUGCUUCAGUAAAGGCCAAGGAAAGCGCCAACCAAUAGCUUAAGUGCUUCAGUAAUGGCCAAAGAGAGGGCAGAAAAAUAGCCAGGGCCUCCCUGAUGAUUAUUGCUAAUGAUGGCUCUAGACUUUCCUGUUAUGACUAUAUGUUUAGUACCACGGACUUGAGGGGCUUAGAUGGGGAGGCAAGAGUAAACUAUCAAUGCUAUUUGGCUUUCCGAUUACAAAAAAUAAAAGGCAACAUUUUUCUAGUGAGUCAAUGGCAUCGUACCUUCGGUCGUUCCAACUUUUUCCAUUGUAGGUAAAACUUAGAGCAUUUUCCGUGGUUGGGUAGAACUCCAUUGCCCGUCAUUCAAAUAAAUGACACAACCGCUUAGUCGAAUGAUAAAACUGAACGAGUCAGUCUUUUACACGUCUUUUUUACUUAGGCAAAGGCUCCAUGCUUGUUUUCAUCUGU